AUGUAUGGUGUUUCUGAGGACCCCAGUGAAGAUUGUCUGCAUAGGAUCGUCCUAAUCCUCAGGGAUAAAAUGAAAAUAAAUGUAGAACGACCAGCAAUUGAAUGCUGCUUUAGAAUAGGGCAAUAUGAACGAGAUAAGAAAAGGCCGAUAGUACUUAAAUUUAGUUCAAUGUAUUAUAAACAGCUCGCCUAUGAUAAUAAAAAGCUCUUAAAAUCAUCUGGAAUGGUCAUCCGGGAGGACUUGACUCAAUAUAAAUUGAAGCUACUGAAGGAUGCUAUCACGAAAAUGGGAAGAAAUGCUAGAGUCUGGACGACAAACGGCACAAUAUUCUGCAAAUAUGAUGGAGAAGGCAGAACUGUGAAGAUAGAGAAGCCUAGUGAUAUUGCAAAAUUGUGA